AUGGCAGCUCUCAACUUCACCCCCUCUGACCCUUCAACAUUCAUGUUAACGGGAAUCCCUGGUUUGGAAGCUGCUCAUGUCUGGAUUUCCAUUCCUUUUUCUACGUUCUACAUUAUUGGCCUGUUGGGAAAUUUCAUGAUUCUGUUUGUUGUAGGCAAAGAGCAGACCCUGCACAAGCCGAUGUUCCUGUUGCUCUGCAUGCUGGCACUCACGGACAUCGGCACAUCUACAUCCAUCGUGCCAAAGGCACUGUGUAUAUUUUGGUUCAAUUUGAAAGGCAUUACUGAGGGUGGCUGCCUCGCCCAGAUGUUCUUACUUCAUGUGGUUUCUGCUAUGCACUCAGCCGUCCUUGUGACAAUGGCCUUCGAUCGCUACGUUGCCAUAUGUAACCCUCUCAGAUAUGCCACCAUCCUCACCAAUGCACGAAUAGCUAAGCUAGGGCUUGUGGGUUUCAUAAGAUCUUUUCUCUUCAUUCUUCCACUGCCCUUGCUCCUGAGCAGGCUGCCAUUCUGUGCCAAUCGCAUUAUCCCCCACACUUACUGUGACCACAUGGCUGUGGUGAAGAUGUCAUGUGGGGACACCACAGUCAACAGGAUAUACGGCUUGGUGGUUGCCUUUGUAGUCGUCGGGUUAGACCUGAUGCUCGUUGCCCUGUCCUAUGGUCUGAUUAUCAGGGCUGUCCUCAGAAUAUCCUCCAAGAAAUCCUACCAGAAAGCCCUGAACACAUGCACAGCCCACAUCUUUGUGAUGCUGAUUUCUUGUACUCUCUCCCUCUUCUCCAUUCUGACACACCGGUUUGGUCAAGGCAUCACUCCCCAUGUUCGCAUCAUCUUUGCCAACCUCUACUUCCUCAUUCCCCCCAUGCUCAACCCUAUCAUUUAUGGGGUCAAAACCAAAGAGCUUCGUGACAAAAUGGGCAAAUACACCUGCAGAAGAUGA